AUGUCCCGAAAGCGCAGCCACUCUGAUGUCUCUUCGGGAUAUUCUACAACCUCAGAAGAUAAAGAUUGCGCCAACAGUGAAAAUCUCACUUCUCCUUUCUUCGUAGAUUCGGUGGGAUCAGAGAUGGUCGACAUCCACGUUGGUCGUGGUAAAGAGAAGAAGCUUUUUCGUGUUCACAAAAAAAGGAUCUGCACACAAUCUUCAUACUUCAAAGAAUGUUUUAAAAACGGAAAAAAGGUCACGAAACUCCCCUUUAGAUCUCCCAAGCUCUUCGAUAUGAUAAUUGAGUGGGUUUACACUGGUAACCUGCAUGCUAUCGAAGAUACAACCCCGCAUAGCACAAUGUAUUCGUUGUAUCAACUUGCAGAGUUUAUAGAACUGCCGGCCGCCAUGGAUAACAUUAUGGACCUAAUUCGCAGCAGACAUUAUGAGAAGGACUUCUAUAUCGGAGCACGCAGCGUCGAGGAUAUUUACAACAACACCUGCUUGAAUUCACAACUCCGAGCUUAUGCUAUCGAAUUGUUUGUGUACAAUCUUCGAGGGGAUACUGAUGAAAAAGAGGAGGUGAUUCCGAAUCAUGCUGUAUCAUCACUUCUCGGAGUAUCUGGUUUCACUGAUGAUUUCAUAAGCUUGAGUCGGGAGAUCACCAUUGAGGAUCCUCGAAAGAGCGGAUGCCGGUUCCAUGUUCAUGGAGAGGAUGAUGUCUGCGGAGAAACAGAGGAUACUGAUGAGUUUGGCGAUGACGAAUACGUCUGGAAAGCUGCAAGUGAUGAUGAGUUUGAAGAAGAUGAAGACGUCAUUGGCAGCGAUGAAGGCGGAAAUGGAACUGAGAUUAGGGAUGUAAAGAUCGAAGUAGACCUUGAAGCUUAG